CAAGGCAUGUGCGCGCUUCCCCUACCACACGUGGCAGUGGACUUCCGCCUGCCCCCACAACUCCCCGUACUCCGUUCCCCCCACCUUCCCCCUCCCCCAUCUGCAGCAAGGCAUGUGCGCCCUGCCCCUGCCCCACGUGGCAGUGGAUUUCCGCCUGCCCCCCGCCAUCCCCCUCUCUGUGGACCUGGAGGAGAGGGACGAUGGGACCUUACCAGUUGCAGCCCGGGAGUUCAAGCCGCGCUACAUCCACAUCAACUCGAGUGAUGCAGACAUCCACCUGCCUGCGCCCUCCGCCUGCCAUGGACAUGAGGCGUGCUCAUCCAUUGCCAUCUUGCUAUCUUGCCGCUUCUGUGCUGGUCUCUCUCCCUGCCAUGCAGACAUACACCUGCCUGCGCCCUCCGCCAGUAAUGGUGAUGAGGACAUGGGGUGGGUGCGACUGCAAGGGCUCUUGGGAGUCUAUGUGACAGCAAUGCUUGCUCCCUAUACCUGCUCACGAACUGCCCUCUCCAUUGCCUCCUCUUCUUCCCACGCAGACAUACACCUGCGGCCGCCACCAGUGAUGGAUGACGAGGACAUGGGGUGUGCUGGACUGCAAGGCCUCUUGGGAGGAACGCAGCGCUGUGGGUGGGGAGCCAUGGCAGCAGAGCCCAUCAAGGCGGGCGAGUUCAUUGUUGAAUACGCCGGUGAAGUAAUUGACGAUGCGAUGUGCGAAGCCCGGUUGGGCCAUGCGGGCGGGGGGGAGCAACGGAUUUCUACAUCUGUGAAGCUAGUGGAGGGGCAUGUGCAGGUGGGCAUUUUCGCCAUCAAGGACAUUGCAGUGGGCACAGAAGUGGCGUAUGAUUACAGAUUUGUGAGCUUCGGCCCGAACAAAGCUUGCCAGUGCGGUGCAGAGCGGUGCCGAGGAGUUAUCGGGGCCAACCCUCCAACCACAGCAACAGCCACUCCUGCCGCACCUGCGCCUGCCAAACCAGAGAGGCAGGCUGGGACUGUACCUAGGGCGAAGCCCUGGAAUAAAGCGGCAGGGGAAGGGGCAGGGGCGAGAACAAAGGGGUUGCUUUGGGGCACAAGGGGUGCGAGAUCAAGACGUAUGUUGACGCAUCUGUCUCCCCCCUGGUGGCAGCAGCACCAGCAGCAGUGGCUGCUACACCACCUCGUAACGUGA